AUGACGAUAGCAACGACAGCCAAUCCCUUGACGUACCCCACGUCCUCGGCCCCCUUCUCGCGAUCUAUUUUCGCCUCCCCGCCCUCCGAGUACCGCGGCGCGCCAUUCUGGGGCUGGGUGACGGCCCAAAAGCUCGAGCCGACGCUGGCCCAGAUCGACAUGUUUGAGGAAAUGGGCAUGGGCGGCUUCCACAUGCACACGCGUGUGGGGCUCGACAUCCCGUACAUGGGAGACGAGUUUAUGAGUCUUGUCCGCGCCUGUGUCGACAAGGCAAAGGAAAAGGGCAUGCUGGCGUGUCUGUACGAUGAGGACCGCUGGCCGAGUGGGUUCGCUGGCGGCAAAGUCCUGGAGGGUCAUCCCGAGCUCCGUGGACUGCACCUGCUGUGGACGCCGUGGGCGUAUGGCGAGGAGAUUGGGUACACCCCACCCGAGCUGGGCACGCUGCUCGGCCGAUACGCUAUCCGCCUGCAAGAUGGUACCCUCGCGUCGUCGCGCAGACUCCAGGACGGCGAGUCUGUUGCUGCCGGAGAGAGGCUGUGGUAUGCCUAUGCUGAGCCUCUCCCCGACUCUGGUUUCUUUGGCAACCAGACGUAUCCUGACCUUUUACGUGCCGACAUGACCAACCGCUUCAUCGACCUCACGCAUGAAGUGUAUCGUGACAAGGUCGGAGACGAGUUUGGGCACACUGUGCCGUCCAUGUUCACCGAUGAGCCGCAGUACUGCCCUAUCAGUACCUUGGAUACUGGGGACGGAAAGCAGGACGUCUUCUUGCCCUGGACGGCUGGGAUCAUCGAGUCGUUCAAGGGCGCACACGGCACUGACUUGCUCGACAUCUUGCCCGAUAUCAUCUACGACCGUGGCGAUGGCAACGCGCUCGCCCGCUACCAGUUCAUCGACCACGUUGCCGGCUUGUUCGCCGACAACUACAUUGGCGAGCUUGCAAAGUGGUGUUCCAAGAACGGUAUCCUCUCCACGGGCCACAUGAAUGCCGAGCCCCGCCUCGGCUCGCAGACAGCGCAGACUGGCGACGUGAUGCGCACGUACGAGCACAUGGGCAUCCCAGGAAUCGACGUUCUGUGCGACUCGAAGGAAUACAACACUGCCAAACAGGCCAGUUCCGUGGCUCGCCAACAAGGUCGACUUGGUGUCAUGUCCGAACUGUACGGCGUGACAGGUUGGAGAUGGACGUUUGAAGGCCACAAGGGCCAAGGUGACUGGCAAGCGGCGCUUGGCGUGACCUUCCGCGUUCCGCAUCUCUUCUGGUCGACCAUGGCCGGCGAGGCCAAACGCGACUAUCCUGCUUGUAUCGGGUACCAGUCCCCCUGGUGGCGCGAGUACAACACCAUGGAAACCCACUUUGCUCGCGUCAACUCGGCGCUCACACGAGGCAAAGCUGUGACUCGCGUGGCCGUCAUCCACCCUGUGGAGAGCUACUGGCUGGCGAAUGGCCCCAAGGAUGCCAACGCCGACGAAUGCGAGGAGCGCGAAAAGGCGUUCUCAGACUUGACCAACUGGUUGCUGUUUGGCCUUGUGGAUUUCGAUUUCAUCGCCGAGUCCCUGUUCCCGCGCCAGUGCAAGGUGGCAGACAUCGGCAAGACCCUCCCCGUCGGCGACUGCAACUACGAGGUCGUCGUGGUGCCCAACUUGCGGACUAUCCGGUCCACCACCCUUGAAAGGCUUCAGGCAUUCGCAGCUGCAGGCGGUACAGUCAUCUGGGCUGGGAGCACGCCUACUCUCAUCGACGCGCAGCCCCUGCAAAAGCCAGUGUCGCUCCCAGGCAAGACCCUCCGCUGGGCCCGUGGUGCAAUCCUCACCGCUCUGCAGCCUUACCGCGAUCUGGAUAUGAGCAUCAGCGAGACAACGCUGUACCGUACCAAAGGUCACCGCGCCGACUCUCUCAUGUAUCAGCUUCGUGAAGAUGGCGAGGACCGAUUCCUGUUCAUCUGCAACACGGACCGCAAGGAAUCAUGCCCUGUCGACAUCAGCCUGCGCGGCGAAUGGGCUGUCGAGGUGCUGGAUACGUUGACUGGCAAGACCUGGGACAUUGAGUCGACCAGCGCCGCAGGCUCGACCCAGUUCACGUACUGGUUUGACGGCUGCGAGAGCAGCUUGUUCCGCCUCCACCCACCUACUAGGACCAACCCGCAGCCCCAAAUCGUUCUGCGCACCGAGUUCAAGCAAGACAGGGAUGUGACCCUCCUCUCCACUACGCUCUCGGAACCAAACGCGCUUCUGCUGGACCAUGCCGAGUACUGCUGGAAUGGAACAUGGGAACCGACCACAGAGGUGUUGGCCAUUGAUCAGAGUCUUCGAGAGAAACUGGGCUUCUUCAAGAAGGGCGCCAAGAUCCCACAGCCGUACACCAUCACGCAGGAACAACGUGCUCCCGUCGGCGAGCUCAGGCUCAAGUUCUCGUUCGCUUCUGAAGCGGCCGUCGUCGGUGCCAAGCUUGCCAUCGAGGUCCCGCAUCAAGUCGACAUUUCGGUGGACGGCUCGCCCGUUCCGUCCUCUCCGGACGGAUGGUGGGUUGACAGGGAUAUCCGCACGAUCCCACUCCCGGACCUGGCUGUCGGCGAACACGUCCUUGAGCUCGUGUACCAGUAUGGCCCGCUCACGGCCCUUGAACGCGUCUAUGUUCUCGGCGACUUUGGCGUCGACGUCCGCGGUCGUACGUCGACCAUUGUCCCCGCCAAACCAUUGGCGUGGGGCGACAUCACUCGCCAGGGACUGCCAUUCUACACCGGCAACACGACAUACCACUGCAGCCUCGAGUCGGACGGCAGCACCCCUCUUGCGCUACGCGUGGCGCACUUUGCCUCCCCCUUGCUCGCCAUUGAUCUGGACGGCAAGCGCCACGCCUUGAUCAUGACGGAACCGCGCUCGUGUCUCCUCGGCGUCCUUGCCCCCGGCACCCAUCGCCUGGACAUUACAGCGUUUGGUGACCGCCACAACGCGUUUGGCCCCAUCCAUCUCGUGCCCGGAAAGACCAACUGGAUCGGCGCCGACGCAUGGCGCUCGGAUCUGGACUGGUGGUCAGAGGAGUAUGUCCUGGAGGAAGUGGGUGUGGUCAAUGCCCCCAGGGUUCUGGUCCCCGGACGGGAUGCGCCGAAGCAGACGCGCAGGCCCCUUGCUGCUCAUUAG